AUGAAGGAGCUUGUUGAUGUUUUGUACUACGACUACAUCCUGUACAAGCUGGCAAACCUGUAUACAUUAGAGACUACUAGCAAAGAAAUAGGCCAGUACCAGAAGAUAGCGCAAAAGCUCUUGGUAAAGCUCCGUUCAGAUAAGGUUGUUUUCGACACCGAAAUAGGCUUGAAGUUCACAUACAUAAAGCUGUACGACCUCCACUUGUCCUUUCCAAAGUGUGCAGGAAGACUCCAUGCCUCCUGUUGCCAAGCCCACUAUAUGCAAUUUCUUAGCACUUCCUACGACUACCUCACUAAGAUCAUGUCAGAGUACUCCUCUUUGAAGGAAUGCGCUGCGUUCAACCGUCUUAUUUACACUGUGGUAGCAAUGGGCUUUGUGAGCUCCCCCACACUAGAAGAAUUCAAGAGCUUGAGUAAAGAGGAAAGCCUGGAGUCCAUGAAGCUGUGUCUCACUCAGCAAGGAAUCAAAGCUGAGACUGAGGAGGACUUUGCCAAUGAGAAGGAAAAGCUGCUCAAGACAUUCAAGAUAAAGGCCAAGGAUGAGAGUAGCCUUUUCAACAAGACAUUUCAGCACGUGAUGGAUGAGCUCAAGAAGUUAUUUCUGUCCUUUGACAUUCCUCUCCUCUCAUUCUUCGGAACCAGCGAGGUGGUACAGCUAAAGGAGCUCUAUCCCAAUGCAUUUGAAGGGUUCGAGGGGAUCCCGGGAUCGUUAAAGAGCUACAAGGAAGAGAUAUUGAAGGAGUACCUGGACAUGAGGAGUUCUCUUAACAAAACUAGAAGCGCAUUCAUAAAUCCUAAAGACAAGGGAGAGAAGAUAUUAUGGGGAUCCGAUACAAGCCCGUCAGAGCGAUAG